AUGAUUAUGUUAAGGGCACUAAUUGACCAAGGGUCGCAAACUACAGCUGUAUCAGAAGAAGCGGCACAAAUAUUAAAUUUGCCAAGGAAAAAAGUAAAAAUGGAAGUGCAAGGGUUUGGAGGAACACCGGUUGGCGUUGCAAAGGCAAAAAUAAAUCUUCAAAUUCACCCACGAUUCACCAGUAAAUAUAAAAUAAAUGCAGAAGCAUUAAUUUUACCAUCAUUGGUAUCUUGUCAACCGGAUAAAACCUUUAGCUAUAAUAUAGAUAAGUGGGAAAAUAUGACCUUGGCGGACCCAAAUUUUAAUAAAUCCGAUAGAAUUGACAUAAUCAUAGGAAGCGAUCUUUAUGGAGAAAUUAUUGAAGGCGGUCUACUUAAAAAAGAUAAAAUAUUGGCGCAAUCAACAAAGUUCGGCUGGAUAUUAUCAGGUAUUUUACAAGCAAAAAGAAGCAUUAAAGGAUUCAUCUCUUCCAACGUCGUCAACAUAGAAAAGUUUUGGGAAAUAGAAGAAAUUCCAGAGGAUGAAGAUUCAUCGGAAGACGGAUAUUGUAUGAAAAAUUAUGCUGCGACAACUACCAAAAAUGAAGAUGAACGAUUUGUAGUUGAGUUACCUUUCAAAGAAGAACACCAAGUUGGCGACUCAUACAAAAUGGCGAUGGCACGAUUCAUAAAUUUGGAAAGAAAAUUACAGGCAAACCCAUCAUCAAAGAGAGAAUAUGUCGAAUUCAUGAAGGAGUAUCUAGCUGAUGGGCAUAUGAAAAAAGUAAGUUCAAAAGACAGGGAAAAUAUUAUCUACCUCACCAAGCAGUAG